AUGGCAUAUCAGACUACGCUGUUUCAACAACCGAUCGAUGCAAACCGGGGGCUUAUGUCGCAGAAGAUGGCAAAAUGUAAAGAACUGGCCCGGGAAAUCAAGAAGCAGCGCCCAAACAGACGGAGCCUUCCCGCUGAAAUUCACCGCUCAUUCCCCGAACGUCAAGUCAUAGACGAUCUCGUUCAACUGUACUUUGCAACAUUUCAGUCAUGCUACCGCAUUCUUCAUCGCUCCUCGUUCCAGGUGGACUAUGAGCGCUAUAUCGAUCAUCCAGAAAGCGCAAAGGGCUCCUUCGUUGUGGAGCUCUUUCUCAUAAUUUCCGCCGCUGGUCCGUUGCACAGUCAUGAUGACACUCGCCGUGAGUUGGCUGAAAAGAGUAUUUCUUGGAUCCAUAUUGCCCAAACAUGGCUCUCCGCACCGCUGGAGAAAGACCGCUUGACAUUAAAAGGCAUUCAGAUAUAUUGCUUAUUGCUCCUUUCCCGCCAGGUAAACCGAAUAGGAGCAGACUUAGUCUGGGUCUCCGCGGGAUCACUAAUGAGGAUGGCCAUGCAGAUGGGCCUGCAUCAGGAUCCCAACUAUCUGGGUGAUAUGGACUUCCGACAAAAAGAGAUUCGGAGAAGAUUAUGGUAUACCAUCCUUGAGAUGAAUCUUCAGGCGGCCUUGGACUCGGGGAUGGCCCCGAUGAUUACCGAGAGCGAUUACAACACUAUGCCGCCAUCUGGAAUAGAAGAUGCCGACCUAGAUUCUGCAGUGAGCGAAGACCGGGAAAAUAUAGCUACGAGCUCGACUCGGCAGCCGCUUCUGUGCGUGUUGGCCAGUUCUUUCUCUCUCAGACUUAGGGCCACCAGGGUCAUCAACAGCUUACAGGAAGAACCCUCGUAUAAUUUGGUUUUAGACCUUGGAAAUGAGCUGGCUUCGAUCUGUCGCAAGGCUGCGGUUGAGAUAUCUCACAAUCUCUUCGAGGAGCAUAUAUCGUUGGGAAGCCAAUUUGCAUAUAGCUUUUGCAGUCAUCUCCUGAAUCGGUUCCUUCUUUGUCUUCACUUCAACUACGCGAUACAGGCGACACGAAACCCACUCUAUGCGCACUCACAUAAAGUGUGUCUUGAGGUUGCCCUGGAUUUGAUAUCGCUCCUCGAUUAUGAUCUCUACAGCCGGUUGCUGGUCAAUGGGGGUGGUAUGUUUCGGGACAUCAUCACACGUGGUGCAUUGAUGAUAUACCUGGAAUUGCACAAAAGUCAUGAGUCGGAUAUUUCAAUUCUGGCCAAGAGAAGAAAUCGCGCCCGACAAGAGCCAUUACUUAAAGAUGCUCAUCGGGUUGUUAGGUAUGCAAAGGACCGGAUGUGCCAAGGAGAAACAAAUGUGAAAGGGUAUUUGUUUCUGAGGAUAGCAACGGCUCGAGCUGAGGCUGUGCUCGAUGGUUUACCGGUCGAACAGGCUAUGGAAAAUGCUGCACUGGAAAGCCUAGAUGAUUGUGAGACCAUUCUGGGCAACAUGUCGACAGAUCUAAGCAAUAAUGGCGGCGACAGUAAUGCCGAGGCUUGGAGGCAUGAGGAAAUAAUGUGCACUCCUACAGCCUUCGACGUUGGCCUCGGUUUUUUGGAUGACGACAAUUUCAGCUUUGAUCACUUGGACCCAUCAAUAUUUCAGAAUUUGACGGAUCCGUCAUUUUUCUAG